AUGUUUAUAUGAUUGAAUUGUUGCUCUUAGCAAUUUUAAUUGUUUGUAUAAAAGAUUGCAAAUAACAAACAUGUUAUAACUCCUACCUAACAAAUCUUUCUUGUUCUUUCUCUCCUGGAAAGCACACUCCAUCCUCAUUAUAUUUAUAUUAGCGUUUUAUGUUUUUACACACACACUGCGUAUUUUACUCCUUGGCUCCCCCUGAACGCAUAGCAGCAACAGUUAAAAUUGAGACUUUAAGCUUUCUGAUUAGCUGGCGACUAAAAGGGGUGUGAUUUAUUUUUUCUCAUAAUCAUUUAUGCUGGCCAGAAUUAUGCAAAUACAUUUUUCCACCGCUGGCGGGCGAUGGUGAUUUUGCUGCGAGUCGACGAGUUCAGAUUAAACUGUUGCUGAAUUUAGUGGAAAAAUGGACGUGUUCCCUGAAUCGCUGCAUUACGAGCUUUUGGCGGAGGUCGGUGAAGGCUCCUUCGGGAAAGUGUAUAAAGCCAGAGAGAUUGGGGAGAAACGGCGCCUCCUGGCGGUGAAGAAGUUCAACUUUCGCUGGGUCUCUGAGGAGUCUGGAAUCCCUCCCUUUAUGAUCCGGGAGGUGGCGCUGCUGCGCAAGGUGGGCUACUUCAACCAUCCGAACAUAGUCAAGCUCUUAGAUGCAUCUGCUGUAUCUGUUGGCUUGGGCCUGGACCUCACUCUGGUGCUGGAAUAUAUUGAUCAGGACCUGUCCACGUUCCUGUCAAAGGCUCCUGCUUGUGAUCUGAGCCGUGACUUGGCAAAGGAUGUGAUGCAGCAGCUGCUGCGAGGACUGGACUUCUUGCACACAAACCUCAUCCUGCAUCGAGACUUAAAGCCGGAGAACAUCCUAGUCAGCAAUCAUGGGGAGAUCAAGAUUGCAGACUUUGGACUGGCACGGAUUCAAACCUUUAAUGUCGCUCUUACACCCGGUGUCAUGACCUUGUGGUAUCGAGCUCCAGAGGUACUGCUAAACGCUGUUUACAUGUCUUCAGUAGACAUGUGGAGUGCUGGCUGCAUCUUUGCUGAGCUUUUCCUCCUGAGGCCAUUGUUCAAGGGCUACACAAAGGUGCAGCAGCUACAACAAAUUUUUGAGUUGAUUGGCUUGCCUAGUGAGGAGGACUGGCCUCGAGAAAGCCCUAUCUUGUACUCUGAAAGCCUGGGGCCAAGGAGCUCCUGCACCAAGCUGCUGCCCAACCUGGACCAAGAUGAGAACGAUCUGCUCUCUCACUGUUUGUUGUUUAAUCCGAGCCGCCGCAUCUCCGCCGCCAAGGCCCUGACUCAUCCUUUCUUUGUGAAGCACUUAAGAUUCCAGCUGAAUGAGGAACCAAAGGUGCUGUGAUCAGAAAUGUCUUAUAUAGAGAGCAUCGCUGUGCCAUAAAAUCCACCGUCUUCUUCACCCCAGCUGUUAAAGCUUUAAUCAGCAGCAUCAUGAGAAACUGUGGUCCGACUGGAGGUGGGGAACUGCCUGAACAUUUCUAACAAACAAGCUUGACUCACAGAUUGUGGAACUUAUGGCACAAAAACUUUAGGAAAGUAAGAUUUAUUUUUGAUACUUUUCUCAAACCCAGAAACCUUUUUUUUAAAACCUUAUAGAAGUUCACGUAGCAGAAGGAACAGUAUGUUUUUCAGUUUCUGUGUUGGUAAGUUUUACUGUUAGACAUAUGGAGUCUGUUUGGUUGUAUGCUGCUAAAAACACAUUAUGAGCACCUUUUAAGUUGACAAGUUUCUGUUUACAAGAGAGUUUUUGUUGCAUUGCAGGACUUUAUAGAUGUGAUUCAUUUUGUUUUUGGGAGGAUAUGUAUGGUGUAAUGGAUGCAGAUUGCACCUGUUUUUACUUUUUUAUUGACAUAUUGUGAGUAUUUUUUCUCUUUCUGAGUUAUGUUGUUCAUUCAUGAAAUAUGUCUAUAAAUAAUUGUUUCAUGCAUGUCUGUUCUUUUAAAUUCAACACAGUUAGACAUAUUUCUGUGUUUUGUGUUACUUUUUUAUUAGAUGUAAUUUCACUUGCAGAAAGAAGAGGGCACUGUUGAAGUAGGUUUGGUUUGUUUAUAAGGAGUGGGUUGAUUCCUCUUAACCUGCAACUCAUCUUUCUCUCGUUUUCAAGCUAAUUUCUGGAAAAUCCAGUGAAAUUAUCAACUCAGAUUGUCUCAUUUAUUAAUAAUCGACAGUUGAGAUGAUAAAUAAAAAGAGGAAAGAAUAAAGAACUCCAA